GCCAUGGGGGACGUGAAGUUGGUUGCCUCUACACUCACUUCCAAAGCCUCUGCCAGCAUGGAUUCCUCAAGAGUCGACUCCAAUCCCCUGACUGAGGCCCCUGCUUUCAUCUUACCCCCUCGGAACCUCUGCAUCAAAGAAGGCGCUACUGCCAAGUUCGAAGGGAGGGUCCGAGGUUACCCAGAGCCCCAGGUGACAUGGCACAGAAAUGGGCAGCCCAUCCCCAGUGGGGGCCGCUUCCUGCUGGACUGUGGCAUCCGUGGCAACUUCAGCCUCAUAAUUCACGCCGUCCAGGAAGAAGACCAGGGGAAGUAUACCUGUGAAGCCAAAAAUGGCCGUGGUGCCCGCCAAGUGACCGUGGAGCUGACAGUGGAAGGGGGGUUGGCAAAGAGACAUGGUCAGCCUGUUUUCUCCAAAACCUUGGGGGACAGACUUGCAACUCCAGCAGCAGAAACUCGCCCUAGCAUCUGGGGAGAGUGCCCACCGAAGUUUGCUACCAAGCUGGGUCGAGCAGUAGUCAGAGAAGGACAGAUGGGACGUUUCUCCUGCAAGAUCACUGGCCGGCCCCAGCCACAGGUCACCUGGAUGAAGGGAGACGUGCCACUUCAGCCGAGUGCCCGCGUGUCCAUGUCUGAGAAGAAUGGAGUGCAAGUUCUGGAAAUCCACGAAGUCAGCCAAGACGAUGUGGGGGUAUACACAUGCAUGGUGGUGAACGGGUCAGGGAAGGCCUCCAUGUCAGCUGAGCUCUCCAUUCAAGGUGUGGACAAAGCCAGCAGAUCUAGUGUCAGGAAGGCCAGCAGGUCAGACAUCAGAAGGGAGGUGACCAAUGGCAUCCCGAAGGGGCUGAAACUGGACAGCAUGGAUAUGACAGCCGAAAGGAAACAUGGCUCUAGCCCCCAGCGUAGCAGCUCCCUGGCCUGGACCUCAGCUAACCUGCCUCAAUCUCCAAGGGACUGUGGGCUGGAACUGAGCAGGGAAUCAGCCCGAAAGGUCCCUCAGAUCGCUCUCCCUCAUAAGGUUUCCAGCACCAUCACCCUGCAGACCACGAGAGUCCAGCCAGAAGCAAGAGCACCCAGUACUCCUCCUGCAGAGGAGGAAAGGAAGAGACCGGCCGCUCUCUGGCCAGCCACCCUCCCCACCCGGCAGUCUGGGCUUGGAAGCCAGGAAACACUAGGGAGAAAGAUUGCUCCCAGGAACUCCCCCACAGAGAGCCAGAGGGAGUCAACAUUCCCCAAAUUCGAGAGCAAGCCCCAGAACCAGGAGGUCAUUGAAGAACAGACAGUGAAGUUCAAAUGUGAGGUUUCAGGCAUCCCCAAGCCUGAAGUGACCUGGUUCCUGGAUGGUGUCCCUGUGAGGCAACGAGAAGGCAUCCUAGAGCUGUAUGAAGAGGCGGGAUCCCAUUACCUGUGCCUGCUGAAAGCCCGGCUGAGGGACAGCGGGAGGUACAGCUGCACAGCUUCCAAUUCCAGAGGCCAGGUGGCCUGCAGCUGGAACCUCCUGGUGCAGCGGCGGGCCACGAGGGAGGUGGCCCCAUCGUUCUCCAGUGUCCUGAAGGACUGUAGCGUCACUGAGGGCCAGGAUUUUGUGCUGCAGUGUUCGGUACAGGGGACCCCAGUGCCCCGCAUCACCUGGUUACUCAAUGGGCAGCCCAUUCGGUACGCCCACUCCACAUGUGCGGCCGGCGUAGCUGAGCUUCACAUCCAGGACGCCCUGCCGGAGGAUGACGGUACCUACACGUGUCUGGCUGAGAACGCCUUGGGGCAGGUGGCCUGCAGCGCCCGGAUCACUGUCCAUGAAAAGAAGAGUGACAGGAAGCGUGAACACCUUCUGCCCGUGGCUCCCAGCAAGCCCAUCGCACCUGUCUUCCUGCAGGGCCUCUCGGACCUCAAGGUCAUGGAUGGCAGCCAGGUCACCAUGACAGUCCAGGUGUCAGGGAGUCCGCCCCCUGAGAUCCUCUGGCUGCACAAUGGGAAGGAGAUCCAGGAGUCAGAGGACUUCCACUUCGAGCAGAGGGGCACUUGGCACAGCCUGUGCAUCCAGGAGGUGUUCCCCGAGGACACGGGUACCUACACCUGCGAGGCCUGGAACAGCGCUGGCGAGGUCCGCACCCAGGCUGUGCUCACCGUGCAAGAACCCCAGGAUGGCACGCAGCCCUGGUUCAUCAGCAAGCCUCGCUCCGUGACGGCUUCCCUGGGCCAAAGCGUGCUCAUCUCAUGUGCCAUCGCCGGCGAUCCCUUUCCCAGCGUGCACUGGCUCCGAGACGGCAAAGUGCUCUCCCAGGACACUGGCCACUUCGAGGUGCUGCAGAACGAGGAUGUGUUCACCCUGAUCCUGAAGCACGUGCAGCCCUGGCAUGCAGGCUGCUACGAGAUCCUGCUCAAGAACCGAGUUGGUGAGUGCAGCUGCCAGGUGUCUCUGAUGCUACAGAACAGCCCAGCCAGAACCCCCAUGCGCGGGAGGGAGCCUGCCAGCUGUGAGGGCCUCUGCAGCACAGGACUUGAUGCUGAUGGUGGUGGUGGCAAGCGCUAUGGGACCCUGAGGUCCUGGCAGUCAGCAGCAGCAACAGGGCAGGAUUGGCCCGAGAAGGAGGAGGAGGAAGACGGGGAGGACGUGCGGGGUCUUCUGAGGAGGCGUGUGGAGCCCAGGCAGUACACAGAGGAGACAAUCCGCCGGCAGGAGGUGGAGCAGCUGGACUUCCGUGAGCUGCUAGGGAAGAAGGUGAGUACCAAGACCCUGUCAGAAGAAGAACUCAAGGAGAUCCCGGCUGAGCAGAUGGAUUUCCGCGCCAACCUGCAGCGGCAGGUGAAGCCCAAGACUGUAUCCGAGGAGGAGAGGAAGGUGCACAGCCCCCAGCAGGUGGACUUCCGCUCUGUGCUGGCCAAGAAGGGGACUCCCAAGACCCCCGUGCCUGAGAAGGCGCCAGCUCCAAAACCUGCAACCCCAGAUUUUCGCUCAGUGCUGGGCAGCAAGAAAAAAUUACCCACAGAAAAUGGUGGCAGUGAUGCUGAGACCGCGAAUACCAAGGCAACAGAAAGUCCCAAGCCUGUGGGCAAUGCACAGCUCUCGGGGUCUCUGAAACCUGUGGGCAGCACCAAACCUGCUGAGACCUUGAAGCCUGUGGGCAGCGCCAAGCCUACCGAGACCCUGAAACCCGUGGGCAAUGCCAAACCUACCGAGACCCUGAAACCCGUGGGCAAUGCCAAACCUGCCGAGACCCUGAAACCCGUGGGCAAUGCCAAACCUGCCGAGACCCUGAAACCCGUGGGCAAUGCCAAGCCUGCCGAGACCCUGAAACCCGUGGGCAAUGCCAAGCCUGCCGAGACCCUGAAACCCGUGGGCAAUGCCAAGCCUGCCGAGACCCUGAAACCCGUGGGCAAUGCCAAGCCUGCCGAGACCCUGAAACCCGUGGGCAAUGCCAAGCCUGCCGAGACCCUGAAACCCGUGGGCAAUGCCAAGCCUGCCGAGACCCUGAAACCUGUGGGCAAUGCCAAGCCUGCUGAACCCCCCAAAUCAGCUGAGAAAGAGGAACUCACAAAGGAGGUCAAGAAUGAUGUGAACUGUAAGCGAGAGAAGGCAGGAGCCACAGAUGGUGAAAAGCCAGCUGAGAGCCAGGGAACAGCCCCGACCUUCAAGGAGAAGCUGCAGGACAUCCGGGUGGCCGAGGGUGAGAAACUGCUGCUGCAAUGCCAGGUGUCCUCCGAGCCCCCGGCCACCAUCACCUGGACUCUGAACGGAAAGACACUCAAGACCACAAAAUUCAUCAUCCUCUCCCAAGAAGGUUCACUGUGCUCUGUCUCCAUUGAGAAGGCACUGCCAGAAGACAGAGGCCUGUACAAAUGUGUGGCCAAGAAUGCUGCAGGCCAGGCGGAGUGUUCCUGCCAGGUCACCGUGGACGAUGCCCCGGCCGGCGAGAAUGCCAAGGCCCCGGAGAUGAAAUCCCGGAGGCCCAAGAGCUCCCUUCCCCCCGUGCUAGGAACAGAGAGUGAUGCCACUGUGAAAAAGAAACCCACCCCCAAGACGCCACCGAAGGCAGCCAUGCCCCCUCAGAUCCUGCAAUUCCCUGAGGACCAGAAGGUGCGCGCAGGAGAGCGUGUGGAGCUCUUUGGGAAGGUGGCAGGCACCCAGCCCCUCACCUGCACCUGGAUGAAGUUCCGCAAACAGAUCCAGGACAGCGAGCACAUCAAGGUGGAGAACAGUGAGGCUGGCAGCAAGCUCACCAUCCUGGCUGCACGCCAGGAGCAUUGCGGCUGCUACACGCUGGUAGUGGAGAACAAGCUGGGCAGCAGGCAGGCCCAGGUGAACCUCACUGUCGUGGAUAAGCCAGACCCGCCAGCUGGCACACCGUGCGCCUCUGACAUUCGGAGCUCCUCACUGACCCUGUCUUGGUAUGGCUCCUCCUAUGAUGGAGGCAGCGCAGUGCAGUCCUACAGUGUGGAGAUCUGGGAUUCAGUGGACAAGCUGUGGAAGGAAGUCGCCACGUGCCGCAGUACCUCUUUCAACGUGCGCGACCUGCUGCCUGACCGCGAGUACAAAUUCCGUGUGCGUGCCAUCAACGUGUAUGGCACCAGUGAGCCGAGCCAGGAGUCAGAGCUCACGACAGUGGGCGAGAAGCCCGAGGAGCCAAAGGAUGAAGUGGAGGAGGUGUCGGAUGAUGACGAGAAGGAGCCCGAAAUCGAUUACCGGACGGUGACGAUCAAUACUGAGCAGAAAGUGUCCGACUUCUAUGACAUCGAAGAGAGACUAGGAUCUGGGAAAUUUGGACAGGUCUUCCGACUGGUAGAAAAGAAAACUGGAAAAAUCUGGGCAGGGAAAUUCUUCAAGGCAUAUUCAGCCAAAGAGAAGGAGGCUAUCCGGGAGGAGAUCGGCAUCAUGAACUGCCUGCACCACCGCAAGCUGGUGCAGUGCGUGGACGCCUUCGAAGAGAAAGCCAACAUCGUCAUGGUCCUGGAGAUCGUGUCGGGGGGCGAGCUGUUCGAGCGGAUCAUCGAUGAGGACUUUGAGCUGACGGAGCGCGAGUGCAUCAAGUACAUGAAGCAGAUCUCAGAGGGGGUGGAGUACAUCCACAAGCAGGGCAUUGUCCACCUGGACCUCAAGCCCGAGAACAUCAUGUGUGUCAACAAGACAGGCACCAGGAUCAAGCUCAUUGACUUUGGCCUGGCCAGAAGGCUGGAGAAUGCAGGGGACCUGAAGGUCCUCUUCGGCACCCCGGAAUUUGUGGCUCCCGAAGUGAUCAACUAUGAGCCCAUCAGCUAUGCCACGGACAUGUGGAGCAUCGGAGUCAUCUGCUAUAUCCUGGUCAGCGGGCUCUCCCCCUUCAUGGGGGACAACGACAAUGAAACUUUAGCCAACGUGACCUCUGCCACCUGGGAUUUCGACGAUGAGGCAUUCGACGAGAUUUCUGAGGACGCCAAGGAUUUCAUCAGCAGCUUGCUGAAGAAAGACAUGAAAAACCGCCUGAACUGCACACAGUGCCUGCAGCACCCAUGGCUCAUGAAGGACACCAAGAACAUGGAGGCCAAGAAGCUCUCUAAGGACCGGAUGAAGAAGUACAUGGCGAGACGGAAAUGGCAGAAAACGGGCAAUGCUGUGAGAGCCAUCGGAAGACUGUCCUCUAUGGCAAUGAUCUCAGGGCUCAGCGGCAGGAAAUCCUCUACGGGAUCACCAACCAGCCCGCUCAACGCAGAGAAACUUGAAACAGAAGAAGAUGUCUCUCAAGCUUUCCUGGAGGCCGUCGCUGAGGAAAAGCCACACGUGAAGCCAUUUUUCUCUAAGACCAUUCGCGAUCUAGAGGUGGUGGAGGGCAGCGCUGCUCGAUUUGACUGCAAAAUCGAAGGAUACCCAGACCCUGAGGUUGUCUGGUUCAAAGAUGACCAGUCCAUCCGGGAGUCUCGCCACUUCCAGAUUGACUACGAUGAGGAAGGGAACUGCUCUUUAACCAUCAGCGAAGUCUGCGGGGAUGACGACGCCAAGUACACCUGCAAGGCCGUCAACAGUCUCGGCGAAGCCACCUGCACAGCAGAGCUCAUCGUGGAGACCAUGGAGGAAGGAGAAGGGGAAGGGGAGGAGGAAGAGGAGGAAGAGUGAAACACAGUCAGGGGGAAGCAGUUUUUAAGUCAUAGUAAAAGGACUGUUUCUCUAAAGUUCAAA